CCUGUUGCCUCUCAGAAGCCGCCGACGACAGAGCCUAACUCGAGAGCGAAUUUGAGUUUCCUAAACAUGAGUUCUGCAUUUCUCUUGGCUCUUCUUCUUGCAGCGAUGAGCUGCUUUCUUCCUGAGGUUGCCCAUGCAGGCAUUACGAGGCACUACACGUUCAAUCUAGAGAUGAAGAACGUGACCAGGUUGUGCCACACGAAGAGCAUGGUGACCGUGAACGGGAAGUUCCCGGGGCCUCGCGUCGUUGCCAGAGAGGGGGACCAGGUACUGAUCAAGGUGGUCAACCAUGUUCGCAACAACAUCAGCAUCCACUGGCACGGGAUAAGACAACUCCAAAGCGGAUGGGCGGACGGGCCGUCCUACAUUACGCAGUGUCCGAUUCAGACCAACCGGAGUUACGUUUACAACUUCACAAUCACAGGCCAAAGGGGCACCUUCUUUUGGCAUGCUCACAUCUCCUGGCUCAGAGCGACUGUCUACGGACCGCUGAUCAUCCUCCCGAAGCGCGGCGUUCCUUAUCCCUUUGCUAAACCCCACAAGGAAGUCCCGAUCCUCUUUGGAGAGUGGUUUAAUGCCGACACAGAGGCCAUCAUCAGCCAGGCGCUCCAGACCGGAGGCGGCCCAAACGUCUCCGAAGCUUACACUAUCAACGGAAAGCCCGGCCCGCUGUACAACUGCUCAUCAGAUACGUUCAAGCUGAAGGUGAAGCCGGGGAAGACGUAUCUCCUCCGUCUGAUCAACGCUGCCCUCAAUGACGAGCUCUUCUUCCGCAUAGCCAACCAUUCGUUCACUGUUGUCGAAGCCGAUGCAGUCUACGUCAAGCCCUUCAAGACCGACAUCCUGGUCAUCGGCCCGGGCCAGACCACCAACAUCCUCCUCAAGGCUAAGCUGAACCCUCACAAGGGCACGUACCUUAUGGCAGCCCGGCCCUACUUCACGGGUCAGGGCACUUUCGACAAUACAACCGUGGCCGGAUUCCUCGAGUACGUCGAGUCCUCUCGGAAUAACACCAUUCCCAAGAACCUUACCCUAUCUUUACCGAUGCUACCGGCAAUGAACGCGACCAACGUCGUCGCCAACUUCAGCCAAAUGUUCCGCCAUUUGAAUAGCCAGCAAUACCCAGCCCAAGUUCCCCUGACCGUCCAAAAGAGGUUUUUCUUCACGAUCGGCCUUGGGAGCAGCCCCUGCCCAAAGAACCAAACUUGCCAAGGACCCAACGGGACCAAAUUUCAGGCGUCGCUGAACAAUGUCUCUUUCACCCUCCCUACGACCGCGAUCCUGCAGUCUUACUUCUUCAGAAAAUCCAAUGGCGUUUUCACCACCGACUUCCCGGCCACCCCCUUAAUGCCGUUCAACUACACCGGAACGCCGCCGAACAACACGUUUGUCAGCAACGGGACUAAGGCGGUGGUGCUGCCAUACAACACGAGCGUGGAGCUUGUGAUGCAAGGCACGAGCAUUUUCGGCGCGGAGAGCCACCCUCUUCAUCUGCACGGGCACAACUUCUUCGUCGUCGGGCAGGGAUUCGGGAACUUCAACCAGAGUAAGGACCCGGCCAAGUUCAAUCUGGUCGACCCCGUGGAGAGGAACACCGUCGGCGUGCCGUCGGGCGGUUGGGUGGCUAUCCGUUUCCUGGCCGAUAACCCAGGUGCUUGGUUCAUGCACUGUCACUUCGAGGUCCAUCUGAGCUGGGGCUUGAAGAUGAUGUGGAUCGUGCUGGACGGGAAGCUCCCCAACCAGAAGCUCCCUCCCCCGCCGUCCGAUCUCCCAAUGUGUUGACUCUCCGUUGACCCUUCUUCCCCCCGCCAUCGCCAUCGGCUGCUUCAGAAACUUCUCA